AAUAUCAUACGCUGCUAGGUCGAUUAUAGAUCAAAUUUUCGACUUCGAAAAUGUAUUCGAAUUACAAAUUGGUUUUCGUAAUAUUUUUGCAACUAUUCGCGCAGUCUUAUUGUGCGAGCACUACGGGCACUACGCCAGACGACAGUACAAUCGAUGAUAGAUGCGAUGCGUUAAUCGCUUGUUUGGUGAAAAAUGGAAUAGGAGACGGGAAAAUAUUUCCUCGCAACGAUGGGGAGGAAUACGCCGAAUUGAAUUAUCAAUGGAACACUUUGUGGGGUUAUAUGACACCACUCCUUUAUUUGAAAGCUACUACCACUAGAGAUGUACAAAUUGGCGUUAUUUGUGCUACGAGAUCGAAAAUUCGAUGCGUUCCACGGAGUGGUGGUCAUUCAUAUUCGAAAAAUGGUUUCGGUGAUGAAAACUCAUUGGUGAUCGAUAUGAAGUCAAUGAAUUCCAUUGAUGUGAACAAGGAGAAAAUGACUGCCAAAGUCGGUCCAGGUGCGCUGAACGGCCAGAUUAUGUACCACGGAUGGAAAGCGGGUGCCUUGAUAUCACAGGGAAUUUGUACGAGUGUUGGCGCUGGCGGUUUGUUCCAAGGUGGUGGGUACGGACACUUUUCUCGAUUAUUGGGAGUGGCAGCAGACAGUGUAAUUGGACUUGAAAUGGUCGACGCCAGGGGGAGAUUGGUUAACGUAAACAAUUCUACAAAUACCGAUCUGUUUUAUGCACUCCGAGGUGGCGGCGGUGGUAAUUUUGGCAUUGUCACCAGCUUUACCAUCAACGUUUAUCCGUCACCACGAAGCAUCGUUUUUGGCCGAUAUGAGUUCUCGUUUGCGAAAAACUUUCGACAAGUUUUCACAGCUUGGCAAAAGGUUGUCUCCAGUGAUAGUUUCCUAUCGCGAAGAGUUUUCUGCAUAAUCGAAAUGGAAUUGGAUCGAAUCAGCAUGAGGCUUUACGCCAUAAACAUUGGGAACGAGCCAGAUGUGACUGAAGCGACCAUUGAGGAAUUACGUAAAUACUUUGGCUUCCCGGAACCGGGACCAGGUAGCUCACUAAAAACGUAUACGCAUGAGGAAUUCAUAAUCAGUGAAGCGCAAACGUACUCGGACACACCGAUAACCGACAUCGCUCAAGUGGCUGACAUGACCAAGCACAACAAAGUUUACAACAAAAAGGUGAAAUCCUACUUCGUCAACAAAAUCUUAAACGCCAAGGAAAUUGACAAACUAAUCGAUCUAUUGACUGGGUAUUUACCGCAUGCCGGUCUGUAUUGGGAAAAUAAUGGUGGCAAAAUUGCCGAAAAUCCAGGCACAGCUUUCCAACAUCGUCUCAAGGCUUCUUACUCCGCUCAAUUGAAACCACUGAAUAGUUCGGGCAAACUCAAGGAUGUCAAUGGAGAUGCUGCGAAAAUACGAUUUUUCGAAGCAACCAAAGUACUUAUGAAUCACCGAACGUCGUACCAGAAUUACAUCGAUCGAGACAUGAAAGAUUAUCUGACACGAUUCUAUGGAAACGAUCUGUCGCGAUUGAUUCAAAUAAAAGCGAAAUGGGACCCAGCUAACGUAUUCUACAGUUGUGAAUCCAUUCCAGUAUACCGAGGGCAGAAGAGGAUUUGUGAUUUGUAAUUUUCAACAA